AUGCCGAGCGAAAUUUCAGCCUCUCCUCAGAUUUUGCGGGCCCCUUCUGGCCUACUUGGAGACCCGUUCCAAAUGAGACAAUGGUACUUGCAUUCAUUCUUUGGAAACUUUACCGUAGGGGCGGACAAGGUCUGGCAGAAACUUGAAGCGGCCACGAAAGCAAUUCCCGUGGUACUGGCUGUGUUGGACACUGGUUGCUACUUGCACCAAGACUUCAUCGACGACUUCGACGUUGCUAGUAGCAUAUUCUGGGACAAUCCUGGCGAGAAGGACUGCACAAAUGGAGUUGAUGAUGAUGAAAAUGGUUAUGUUGACGACUGCUUUGGUUGGAAUUUUGUAGAAGACAACGCUCACCCAUUUACGGAUGAUUCGGGUCAUGGAACGUUAGUUACCUCCGUAGCGGCUGCACGAGCACAUGACGGCCGGGGAGGUCGCGGAGUCUUCUCAAAUCCGACUGUAAUGUGCCUGCGAGUGGGGAGCCGGAGGGGUGUUUGGACGUCUACAACUAUUCCUGCUCUCGACUAUGCUGUCAAGAUGAAGGCUCGGGUUUCAAACCAUUCGUACGGCGGCCCAGGGUUCGUCGCCGCGGAAUACGAGGCCUUUGUGAGAGCUCUCAAACAUGACCACCUGAUAGUCACUGCAGCAGGGAACUCGGGCUGUAACAUUGAUGAACACGAAGGAAAAGGAAACGUCCCUGGGGCAGUGUUUGCUGCUCUAACUUGUUUUAGUUUCACUCCUGGAGCGUUCCGACUACGAGGGCUGGUGAAUGUCAUGGCGAGCGAUGUGGCUGGCUUCCGGGCUUCGUUUUCCAACUACGGAAGCUACACAUACGUCGACGGAACUUCCUUCGCUGCUCCCAUAGUUGCCGGAAUGGCCGCCUCACUGUGGGCUUAUUUCGAAGCAUCCAGUCCUGUAGGCUGGCAGCAGUGUAACGAACCUGCAAGCAGAAAAGUGGAGCGAGCCAUCAUGUACUCUGUAACGGGAUCCAAAGCUUUAGCUGGUGAGGCGGCAGCAGCAAAGGAGUGA